AUGAGCAGCUCUGGAGUUAUAUAUGAAAAUGACAGGGGAGAAAUGAAGGAUAAGAAGAAUGAUUAUUUCAUUGAAACAAAUAAAGAAGUAAAAGUUAAUUUAAAUUUUCAUAAUAAUAAUAUUAUUUCUAAUAUUUUUUCAAAUUUAAAUUUAUAUGAUAAAAGAAAUAAUAUAUUUAUAAAUAAUAAUAAAACAUAUAUGGUUAAAUAUUGUAAUCAAAUAAAUGAAGAUAAUUUUCAUAUAACAUAUUUACAAAAAGUAAAUAAUGAUUUUGUCCCUAUAUCCCCAUGGCAUCAUAUUGAUUUAAUGAAUGAAGAUGGGACAUAUAAUAUGAUCGUUGAAAUAUCCAAAUAUAAUUAUAUAAAAUUAGAAAUAAAGUUAAAUGAAAAAUUUAAUAUAAUUAAACAAGAUACAAAGAAAGGUAAACUACGUUAUUAUCAUAAUUCUAUAUAUUGGAAUUAUGGAGCCUUACCUAGGACUUAUGAGUACCCUAAACAUAUUUACACCUACCAAACCAAUAACAAUCAACAGCUAUUUUUUACUGGUGAUGAUGAUCCUUUGGACAUAGUUGACAUAGGGAAAAAUAGUCUCAAAAUGGGACAGGUCGUUCCUGUUAAGGUUUUAGGCGCGUUCACUCUAAUCGAUGAGGGGCAGCUGGAUUGGAAAAUCAUAGCGAUUAAUAAGGAAGACAGUAAUUUCGAAAAGAUAAACAGCCUGGAGGACGUGGAAAAGUACUACCCCUACACGCUAAGCCUACUGCUGGAAUGGUUCCGUUCAUACAAAAUGGCUGAAUCGAAAGUGUUAAACAUCAUAUCUAAAAAAUUAUACAAUAAAAAGGAAAGUGAAGACUUGAUAGCAAAAACACAUGAAUACUAUUUAGAAUUCUUAAAUGAUGUAAAAGAGAUAGAUGGUCUCAAAACAGAUGAAAGUAUAUCAGGUAAAUGUUCCACUAACAUUAGCACCUCAAACAGUACUGAACUUAACCUUAAUAUGGUUCCAUAUAAAACCCACCACGAUGAUUCUACAUAUAAUACUCUACUUCAGGAUAUUGACAUUUCGUAUUAUAGAGCAGAUCCUUUGUACAAACCCAACGCUUGCAUUUGGACUCCGUAA